AAUCGCAACCCACCACAAUCUUUCCACUCUCACCAAAAUCUAUCUUCCGAAACGACACCUUAAGACACGACAAUGACAGGCCGCGGAAAGGGAGGCAAGGGGCUGGGCAAGGGCGGAGCGAAACGGCACCGUAAGGUCCUCCGCGACAACAUUCAGGGAAUCACCAAGCCGGCAAUUCGGAGACUGGCCAGAAGAGGCGGCGUGAAGAGAAUCAGUGGCCUCAUCUACGAGGAGACCAGAGGCGUUCUUAAGAUCUUCUUGGAGAAUGUGAUCCGCGACGCCGUGACCUACACCGAGCACGCGCGGCGGAAGACGGUGACCGCAAUGGACGUCGUCUACGCUCUCAAGAGGCAGGGUAGGACCCUGUACGGAUUCGGGGGGUAAUUUUGUAAAUUGGGAUAUCGGGUUUCGAACGGGUCCGAAUCUCAGAUUCGGGUUGUAAUUUGUCGCUAAAGUUUGGAAAUUGAAAGUAUCCUUUGUUUGUUUGGACUUUGCAAGUAGCACUCCGUGGUUGGUGGCUUGUAGUUUUCAAUCGCGAUCUGAAUCAUUUCUGUUUUUU